AUGCCGCCCGCAAAUUCUCCUACUGAUAGAUCUCCGUCCGGUCCUCCCGGACGCUCCAUUCGUUUACCUCUCGAGCCCGCGACGACCCAAGACCCUUAUUUGCGCGAGAUCGCCGAAGCCAUCUCCACAACUGUUCCUGACUUCGCCUCGACGCUGAACAUUGCACAGUCAACCACAGAAGCCCAGGUCCCAACAAGUUCGACCAUCUAUACCGCUGUUAGCACCUCUGCUCACUCUAGAUCGGCCCGAGACGUCCAGCGUCCAUGGCAGAUUGUAUCGCGUGCUGAGGAGGUGAACGAGACUUAUCGGGAUUCCAGACUGUUCAACGAAGAUAUUUGGGAAAGAGCAAGGUAUUUAACAGAGCAGGAAUUUCUCAAUCGACCUUCCGAGACCAGACAUCAGACCAAUAUGCAAAAUCAAACAUCAACCAGACGGGUCUACGUAGGGAACGCUCGUGCAUCCCCGAUGGGCAGCCUUCUUGAUUGGACGAACGGUCGGACGUUUCGAAGUUCCCCAUCUAGUGAUGAUAGUGAUGACGAUCUGGAUCGAGUCAGCACGGUCGCUCCGAAUAACGAUAUCGGCGCGCGACGGGAUCUUCAUCGCUUGGAGAGGGCGCUGCAGAGCUACCGAUCAGCCAGGGAUGGUCUGAUCAGGACAGGGAGAGCAGCAGAAGUGGGUGCAGUGCCAACUGCCAGUGCCCUCAGAGCGUAUUGGCAAGAAGACGCACCGGCGGAGUCCACUGCUAGGUCCUCGGCUAUCAAUGUACUGCAGAACCAAGACCGAGUGUCCGCCCGACAAUGGCGAAGUGUCGAACUCCGCCGACUGUACAACGAAGCCAACUCUAUCCCUAGCAACACUCGAAGAAAGAAAGACAGAACAGGGAGGUCAGCCGCAGCUGAGCGAGUGAAGAACUCCAUCCGAUAUCUAUCGCAACUUCGGCAUACUGAUGCUGAGGGUGGACUUCAGCUGGCUAGACAGCUUGACCUUGAUUCGUUAUAUCAGUUCGAAGAGUCAAACAGCCCGAGCGAUCUUCCCAUGCUCGCUGACAAUCUACCCGUACCGCAAUACAGCUCGUGGUUGGUACCAGGAAUGGUUUGGCAUGGUCUCCAGUCGACUGAACGUGAGCCCCCGCAAAGUACAGUCACCUGGGCCUCUCAAGCUCGUCGUGAUCCUCAGCGAGAUAUUUUCCGCCGUAGCAUCACACGGAGACGAGAAAUGAUGCUCGGAAGUUUUCAGGAAGAAAUUGAAGGAUUGUCGGGGUCUUUGAUUGACGCUGAACGCUACCUGUCUGACCUGCUGCAGGACAGCACCGGCAGAUGGGGAUUUGCUCGAGAGUCACCGUCAUCUCAACGAUCAUCUCAGUCGUCCCAUUCCGCUGAGUCGGAUCAUUGGCCGGUUAAAGUGACCAUCCACUCCGUUGACUACGAUAACAUGACCUUGUCUGGGACUAUGUCCGCGAGUCACAUGCCAGAGAGAAUUUCGCCUACCCGCCUCUCAACAAUUGAGCACCGGGGUUCUACGACGAGUAUGUCUUCUUACUUCACUGGCGAGAUCAUCGAUUUCAGAAAGCAAACUCUCGAAACCGAAUCUGAGGGCAGAGAUUACCGAGUUGGCGGCCUCGAUAUCGAUGCGAGCUAUUGGGCUCGAUUAGGGCCAUUCAGGCAAGAGAUAGAGAAAGUAAGGAACCUGCGUGGCAAGUCCAGAGGGGAGUAUCAAGAAGACAGUCGCCUGUGGAAUGCCUUCCGGAAACCUGCCAGGGACGAUAGCGAUUAUAAGGAGCCUCCUGCAAUUCCUGGACAAGCGACUCUAGAGCUAGAAACGAACCGAAACGAAGAGUUGACCAGUUCUUCCAGCUUGUUUCCUAGCCAAAAGGAAGAAAGCCCUGAAAUCGAAAACGAUGAGAUCAUGGCUCGUUGCCUCGGAAGUGCUAAAUGGCUGGAUGAAAAGUUGGGCAAAGAAUGGAUUUUGAUGAGAUGGAAGGAGCGCUGCUUUGUUGACUCGAGCAGCCCGUCAUCCAGUUCUAACCAGACAAGGACAAUCUUCACGGCAUCGGGGUCUUCAUCAUCCUCGCCGCAUGCUUUGCAACCAUCCGAUUCUGGAGCAACGACAUCCUGGGGCCUGACAAUUUCGGGCUUUUAUUAUAUUGCCCUCAACAGACUCACAGGCGAGGUGGAUGGUCUGUACUACGAUCCUGGAUCUCAGCCCUACCAGGCCUUGCGAAUGAUACCUGAAGGCAUGCCAUUGUCAAAUAUACUAUCAGGAAAAACAGCCAAGUCUGGCAGCUACUCUCCAAGGGCUUUUGGUGAACGCAAAGAUCAUAUUUGCGGGUGCAGCGACCCGAAUUGUAAGGAGAAGGUUGGAUUGAAACGAUGGUUUCCUUCUAUAGAGCUCAGAUGA